AUGACCUUUGGAAGCUUUGAUGUUCUUUGCAACAACACCAUGCUCCCGCUAUGUUCUGUAGUGGGUUCGCUUAACGGAUCGACAGUUUUUGAAAAGGGUAUAAUACCUGAGUGUUACCCUCGUCCUGUGGAGUUGGCCAAUACCAUGAUCUUCAACUUGGGCGCCGCCUUUAUCCACUUUGGUGCCCUUAUUGUGGUACUCAUCAUUAUUUUUAAUGUCAGGAACAAGUACACAGCUAUUGGAAGAUCAGAACUUCUUCAUUUCUUCUACUUAUACUUGGCUUUGACCAUCAGUUCGCUUGUGGUGGACUGUGGAGUCACCCCUCCAGGCUCUGGCAGUUACCCAUGGUUUGUGGCUCUUCAAUUAGGUCUUGUUAGUGCCUUGUGUAUUUCGUUGCUUUAUAAUGGCUUUGUUUGUUUCCAGUUUUGGGAAGAUGGCCUGACUAGAUCUAUGUGGAUCUUGCGAGGCUUGAGUGUUGCAUGGUUUGUGGUUAACUUUGUUAUUGCCAUGGCCACGUUCAAUGGUUGGGGCUCUGCAUUAGACGACCAGUCAACCACGGCGCUUUUUGUCGUUUCCUACGUGAUUAACGCUGUCAUCUUGGCUGUGUAUGUCGUUUCCCAGCUCGUGCUUGUGUUCUUUGCUCUCGACUCAUGGUGGCACUUGGGUGCCAUUCUGUUGUUUUGCUUCUUCUUCGUGGCUGGUCAGGUUCUCAUGUACGUUUUCAACAAGCAGAUUUGCCUGGGUACGAAACAUUACGUUGACGGUGUGUUCUUUGCGACUGCUUGCAACUUAUUUGCUGUCAUGAUGAUCUACAAGUUCUGGGAUAUGAUUACUGUGGAUGACCUCGAAUUCUCUGUGGCUAAUGUCGAACAAGGAGUCACUGCUUUCGGGGAACAGGAGAAGCGCUACAGUACGCUUUUCUAA